AGUGAUAAUAAGUUCUCGAGAAUUGUUUGUCGCUCGCCGUACCCGUGUGUCGCUUGUUAUUUGUGACGCGAUAAAUUCCAAGUAAUUAUUGUUGUAAACGGGAAUUAUAAGCCGAAGCAGACUGGCGCACGCUUAAUUGUGGAAAUGCUGCGCCUCUGUGUCCCGAUAAUUGUCCUGGCAGCAUUGGUGCCUCUGUACCAAUGCGCUGCCGGCUCCGGGUCCCCUGGCUCGUGUCCCCCGACGCUGCCAGUGGACAUCUGCACCGCGGCGUGCGGCCCGGCGACUCCUUGCGUGAACACCACCCAGCUGUGCUGCCCCACAGCUUGCGGAGGCGCCAUGUGCGUUGACCCAGUCACGCAGAGACACUUUCUUACCUUAGUGAAGAAAGGCAGCUGCCCCGAGUACCCGCGAGGAGUAUGGGUGUGCUCCCACUCUUGCACGGGAGAUUCGGACUGCCCGCGCGCUCUGAAGUGCUGUCCCAACCGCUGCGGCGCGCUCACCUGCCAGCGGCCCGAGAGCGAAGCAAAGCCCACGGAGGAACCUGUGCCUUAUUAGAAGCUGGAUAAGGGCG